AAUGGGGGAGUUUGGUCAAUUAAUACUAUUAAAACUUAAGGGCGAGAUUAUUCUUAUAAUCAACUCUUUGAUGUUUUAUUGAAAGUCAUAGUUAAAAGAAAAAUCUAGAAGUUCCAGGGGAUUCCGCACGCUUCCAGUUCCAGGUUUAUCCAACCCAAAAGCAAAAGAAGUAUAAAAGUUGACACGUAAGGCAGCGCAAGAGCAGCAAAAGCCGAUGCCACUUGGACGCCUUGUACACGUGUCUUCACAAUACUCUUCUCCAGAAACUCCUCUCUCUCACUACUUUUCUACGCUUUUCUCCUUCCUCUAACUGCAAUCAAAGAAAUCGAACGACUUUAGCAGGAAAGGAAGCAAAAAUGCAGUCAAGACAUGCAACAACAGCAUCGUCAAGGUUGUACCGCGCUCUGUUUGUAGGCCGCAAUGAGCAGGUUCUUCCGCACAGAUUCACGGUAGCAGCCUCAACUUCCAACAGAAGCAAAACUGCUGACCCGGCUAUUCACUACGGCGAACUUGAAGCCGGUCCUGAGGUUCACCUCUGUGAACCUCAAGUAAGUCUCUUUCUUUCUUUGGAUUCCUUGAAUUCCCAUUUAUGGGAUGCUAACAAAACAAAAGGCAGAAUUUGUGAGGGGAAUUUAAACGAACCAGUGAUAGGCACAAAUGCAGACAAACAAAGCGAUACAUCUUUCAAUCGGAUUUCUGAUUUAUGCACUUUUUUCUUGCAGGGCACAGAAAAAUCGGGAGCAGUAAAGGCUGAUCACUGGGAACGAGGAACAGGGACAGAUCCAUUGGUGCAGCCGAAAGCUCCACUCACCUCUUCUCCAAGAUUAGAAAGCACAGAAGUGAAUCACCCAUCGGGUCACAAUUUACAACAAAAGCGCACCGCUGGCAGCAGUGUUGCACCGCUUGAAGAGGUCAGCUGCGUCGGGCUCGACGGCUCGCCAUGGCCGAAGGACAAAAAGGAAGAGCAAAAGUCGGAGCGAGAGCAAACACUGGAUGACAGAGAGUACUACAAACACCAUAAGGCCUCGCCGUUGUCGGAGAUCGAGGUGGCAGAUACAAGGAAGGCUAUUACGCAGGCUACAGAUGGGACGGCAGCAGACCCGUCGGUCUACGGUGGUGGCAGAGACGUGAUGGAGUGGAGACCAGAGCAGCUAGACACGGCUGAGGAGGCGCUGAAGAGAGCUGCUCUGAUUUGGAAGCAAAACGCGAUGCGGGGUGAUCCAGACAGCCCGCAUGGAAGUGUUUUGAGGGAACUCCGUGGGGAGUGGUUUUGAGAAGAGAAUCAUGAUGUUGAAAUAGAGUCCUUUUAGAUGGAGAUUGAUUGUGAAUGCUUUAAUUGCAACGAGCUUUCUGCUUUUGUUUCCUUUGUAAAUUGUAAAUAGAAUCACUUCUCUACUUACUUUUAAUCGAGCGUUUAAGUUUGUGUGGAUUUACUUAAAUAAUUUAGUGGUGUUUUUUUUUAAAUAAAGAAUUUUAAUUUUG